AUGGACACAAUCAAGUCAUUCAAGGGCUAUGGCAAAGUCGAUCCACAGGAAGAACUAGCUUUCAAAAGAAAAACCCGUAAGCGUCUAAUUAUUCUCGGCAUUUCACUAAUAGUUUUGGUUGUUUUGAUUAUUGGAGUAGUAGUUGGAACCCUUGUUCAUAACAAGAACAAAAAUGACUCCAAUGAGGUGCCUUCAACUCCAACUUCUUCAGCAGCGGCAAUCAAAGGUGUCUGCAGUGUGACCCAGUAUCAAGAAUCUUGUUUCACGAGCUUGUCAUCAAUGGAUUCCUCAAAUUCAACUGACCCAGAAAAGAUUUUCCAAUUUUCUUUAAAAGUGGUUAUGGAUUCUUUGGAGAAAUUGUCUACAUUCCCAGGGGAAUGGAUGAACAGAACGAAUGAUCCACGAGUUAAAGACGCGCUGAAAGUCUGUAAAAUCGUGUUAGAUGAAGCUGUAGACUAUCUCAACGAUUCUAUUUCCACCAUGAAUGUGAAUAAUGGGGAGAUGUUGAUUUCAAUUCCCAAGAUCGACGAUCUGAAAACAUGGCUAAGCACGACUAUUACAGAUCAAGAAACGUGCUUAGAUGCUCUCAAUGAGGUGAACGCGAGUAUAGUUGGAGAUGUGAAGCUUCUGAUGAAGAAUUCCACUGAAUAUGCCAGCAAUAGUUUAGCAAUUGUAUCUAAACUGCUCGGAAUACUUGGAGAUUUUGGGAUUCCUAUUCAUAGAAAGCUUUUGGGGGCAGUGGAUUCUGGGUUUCCCGGGUGGGUUCCAGCGGGUGACCGGCGGCUUCUCCAGGAGGAGAUGCCAAAGCCGGAUGUGACGGUGGCGAAGGACGGCGGAGAUGUCAAGACUAUAAAAGAGGCGGUGGCAAGGAUUCCAAAAAAGAGCAAAACAAGAUUUGUUAUAUACAUUAAAGCUGGUGAGUACGUAGAGAAUGUGGUUUUGGAUAAAUCUUUGUGGAAUGUGAUGAUCUACGGGGAUGGAAAGACGGCCACCACAAUUUCCGGCAGCUUGAAUUUCGUCGACGGUACCCCAACUUACUCCACGGCCACCUUUGUUGUUGCGGGCAAGGGAUUCAUCGCAAGAGAUAUCGGGUUCAAAAAUACGGCGGGAGCAAUAAAGCACCAGGCGGUUGCCCUAAGGUCUGGUUCCGAUAUGUCAGUAUUAUACAAGUGCUUGUUUGACGGGUUUCAGGACACCCUAUAUGCACACUCAAACCGCCAAUUCUACCGUGAUUGUGAUAUCACCGGUACCAUCGACUUCAUCUUUGGCAACUCGGCCGUAGUAUUCCAAAAAUGCAACAUUAUGCCUAGACAACCACUGUCUAACCAAUUUGUGACCAUAACUGCUCAGGGCAAAAAGGAUCCUAAUCAAAACAGUGGCAUUUCAGUUCAAAGGUGUACCAUGAGCCCAUUGGAUAACCUUACGGCCCCAACAUAUUUGGGCCGGCCCUGGAAAGAUUUUUCGACAACAGUUAUUAUGGAGACUGAAAUUGGUGGGUUCUUGAGACCACAGGGCUGGAUAUCAUGGGUCAGUAAUGUGGAUCCUCCAAGUACGAUUUUCUAUUCCGAACAUCUGAAUACUGGGCCUGGAUCGAGUGUGGCGGGUAGGGUAAAAUGGGCUGGGUUUAAGCCCACUCUUACACCGGCCGAGGCCUCAAAAUAUAGUGUAGAGUCCCUCAUUGAUGGUGCUUCUUGGUUGCCAGACGCAAAUGUCGUAUUUGAGUCUACCUAA